AUGAUUUAUGUUAUUCAUCAAGCUUAUUUUACAGCAAGAUAUUCAGCGCCAGGAGCAGUGCAAAGCCAAGCACCUGCUGCUGCUCCUAUAAAUUCAUGCUAUCAGACAUCAUCUGGUCACGAUAUGCGCUCACCCCAGCUAAUGUCUCCAACUCAAGCUUCAGUUCCAGGUGCUGCUUCGCAAGCUGCUGGCAGUGGUUUAACAUCUCCCGUAGUUAAUAAUACUGCAUUGCAACGGAUAGAUAUGCAACCAAGUGGUAGUCCUGCGGUUAAUUCUGCUCAUAUCCGUAUGGUGCAGCAAACGACGCCUUUCUACGGACAUGACCCAAAUGUUGCUGGGAGUGUGCAAUCAGAUAUGUGUCUUGUUGGUUGUUUCUUCGUGGUCAUUGAGCAUGAGAAGGUGCUUGUGGAUCGUUUAGAUGUACAGGAAAUAGGUGCCGUUGUUCGAUUACAUGGUGGCGAAAUCGAGUUCGGUGUACGAGCUUACAACAAUGUGAACAGCGAUCGGGUAACCCAUGUCAUUUGCGAAUCAAUGCGACAUCCAUUGGUUCAGCAGGCAUUGAAAAGGGGUAAGCGAUGUGUAACAUUGCAUUGGUUAAAUGAUGUUCUCACCAAAAAACAUCUUGAAGCACCCUGGCGUGUUUUUCAUCUGCCAACUUUUUGGACCGAUAAUCACAGACCAGCUGCUGGCAAAAUAAUAGCAAUAAAUGGCUUCAAUGACAAUGAACGAUGUGGUGUGCGGAUGAUGAUUACUGCCAUAGGAGCUCGCUACACUCCUCAUCUUACUAGUCAUAACCAUUAUUUGGUCACAAAAACAUCUGAAGGCGAGAAAGUAGAAAGAUGUCACGAAAUGGGUAUUUCAGUUGUAACAUAUCAGUGGUUGGUUGAGAUUUAUUUGGGUAUCAAGAAUGCGAUUAGUGAAAAUGAAAAUUGCAGUCCUAUUCCGGGAAUGAUCUCGGAUACGAAUGCGACACCUUAUAAUAUGGAACAUUACUCGGAAGCAUGCAAGCAGUUUCUAUUUCCAUGGAAAAUACCAAUUUUAUUUGCAAAUGAGCAGUGGCAGCGAGCACUGGAAGUUAAAAGGAAUGUGGAAAAUGAUAAAAAUAUUUUUCCAAAUAAACGAUUUCGCAUGACAACUCCGCCGCCUACCGAUGAAGAAAUUGAAACAAGAAGGUCUGAAAUAGGUACCCUCAAAGAAGUUCCAGUAGUAUGCUUCAGCGGUUUUACUCCCGAAGAAAAGGAUGCAUUGGGAAAAAAAGUACGUUUUCUUGGUUGUGUCACAACUGAAAAAGUGCAGGAAUGCACACAUCUGGUAGUGCUUAAUUUGUGGCGCACACUUAAGCUUCUGGAAGCAAUAGCAUUAGGCAAGAACGUUGUUGGGCCGAAUUGGGUUACUGAUGGUUACCGCUGCCGUGUUAUUCCAGAUUCACUGGAUUAUUUCGCUCGUGAUGAUGAAAAUGAGAAAGUAUUUGGUUACAAUCUAAAGUAUAGUGUUUUGAAAGCGCGGUAUCGGAAACUUUUUCAGGAUGUAACGUUUUACUUGACUCCGAGUGUUGAGCCGUCUUAUGAGGAAUUAUUGGCUUUGAUUGAACUUGCUGGAGGUACUGUAUUAAGAGAAAGACCCCAACCACAAUAUGUUAUACAUUGCAUUGAAACCGAGUCAUUGCUGCUGCUAAUUGGCAAUGACAGCGAUGUACAUUUAUUACAGUAUUUAACGGAUUGCGGGAUGCCUGUACACAAUGUGGAAAUAAUUUUAACGGGUAUUUUGCGCCAGAAAUUGGAAAAUUCGCCUCUUUACCGCGUAGCACCAAUUCGACCACCUCUUCAGCCAGAACCAACGCAACCUCAGUCAACCAAGAACACUCAACAAAACGUCACUCAACGGGUCACUGUAUAA